CAUCGCUCCACGUAGAUUUCUGUUUUCUAUAAACCAUCCAGUUCCCGCACCUCACCAAUCCAUCCACAACAAAAUCUCAAGUGAAUAGCCAUCUAAAGAACCGAAGAAGCCGAGUUUUCCUUGAAACGCUCGCAUAAAAUUCAAAUAUAAAAACAAUUUCUCAAAUCCCUCAGGAAUACGCACACUUACCUGGCUCUUCUUACUAGCUACUGCAGCAGAUCAUCCCUCCUUGCUUUCUUAGUAGCGUACUGAUUCAAAUAUUAUAACAAACUGUAAAUCUUAGUAUCGAUCUGCUCAAAAGUCUACCUUACCUCACACCAACCAUGUCUUUGAUUGCCAACGCAGCUCUCGCCUCACCAGACACUCAAGUUAGCUUAAAUCAAUUGAUCGCGCAAGUCAAAGAAGAGAUCUUUAGACAACUAAAGCCGGAAGACCACAAGUACUUGAUUCAAUCCUCAAGAUUAUUGUCGCUAAGGGAUUCCAAUCCAUCGAAAUGUACGGGCGAGUCGAACUUGUUAUUCAACGACCUUUCAGUCCCACGAUGUUGGAGAGCCCGGGCGGGGGUUUAUAGAGCCGAAUCUCUGAUGAUCCUUGGCUUUGUGGAUUUUGCUAAAGAACAGUUAAUUAGUACUGGCAGAAUACUCGAGACCGACGACCAUCUUCAACCCAUCGACAUGAUCGAUCGCAAUCGCCAUGAGAUCUUGGAGGGCCUUGUUGCAUGGAAUAUCGCGCUUGGAAAGAUUAAUUGGGGAAUAAUCGAUCCUGAACGUGUGUUCAACUUUUCUAUCGCUUCAAAGAAGGCUCAAACUCGUGGCAUGAUCACCGCUUCUGGAAAACUGUUCUCGGCUGGAUAUCCCUCUUCUUCCUCACUCUCGGCAUUGGAUUUAAAGUACUGUUAACUCGAAAAAAAACAAGCUAAAAAUCAACAUAUAAUUACUCAAUCAAAGUAAAAAAAAAAUGUAAAAAUGUAAAAAAGACAAAAAAAGAAGAAAAAACAAAUCAUUCAUGAGUUGGUCUGUGGCUCAUAGUCUCCAGUUCACUUGUAAUUAAGAAAAAAAGAGUGUUCAAAGUCGAUGUAUAUACACAGCAGUGACGUUUUUUGGUUAUUUCGAUUGAAUGGUCUUUUGUACUCAUUACUCGCCAGCAAUUCUAGUUAAAACAAAACACUCGCAUGAUAUAGUGAGAUGAGCCCCGAGUAAUCAGAAUUUUUUGCGCUAGAUG